CCGCCCCACACACGUGACAGUCAGAUUCAUCGCAUCAUGGCAGAGAGGUUCAAGUCUGUGCUCCUUGUGGCAGCAGCGGCCGUGGCCGUGUGUUCCUUCUGCGUCACACUGGGCCAACAGCAGUCUCAGCAAGGCCCAGUGAGUGAAUUGUGUCUGGGCUGCAUAUGCGAGGCCACGUCCAACUGCAACAGGUCCCUCGGCUGCAAUGGCGAUGUGUGUGGGCUGUUCAGAAUCACAUGGCCAUACUGGUCUGAUGCAGGCAAGCCAGUCAUACCACAGGACCACCCAGACAAUGAAGGAGCAUAUGUCCGCUGCGUAACAGAACCAUACUGUGCUGCAACUACUGUGCAGGGAUACAUGGCAAAGUUUGGGAAGGACUGCAAUGGUGAUGGAAUAGUGAACUGCUUUGACUAUGCAGCAAUUCAUCGCCUAGGAGGCUACGGCUGUUCAGGAGCACUGGACUACAAUUACCAGAACAAGUUCAUGAACUGCCAGCGCCAGGUGCAGCAGCUUUCCGAGGGCAAGUAAACAGACAUAAAAUGUCAUGCUACUGCCUUCACAGCGUGGAUAUGCGGCAGUGCUUCCCCUCUUUAUUGGCUUCAACAGUCACCAUGUUUCUGCAAUGUAACAGAUCACCUACUCUGUGGUCUUGGAACAAACGCCUCCUGUGCAACGCAGCUACAUUCUUUCACCCUUGGAGAAAAAUACCACAUUGAAAGUAACUCUUUAUAGAAAGGUAUUCUACAGCAGAAUUCUGCCUUACAUGAUCCUAGAAUUGAUCUCAGAUCUCCACUUCACCAAAUUAGUAACUCACUAUUACAGUGGAAAUCCUGUGUUAUAUCAUCAGUUUCAAUAAAGAGUUAACAAAUCUGUUUCCACUUCAGGAUUAUGCAGUGUUUAAUACAAAUAAUAUGUUUAUGUAACUAAUCAUUUUACUGGAGCCAAAACUAUAUAACUGCUUCCAGGUUUUCUUCAGUCAGGAAACUGAAGCCAAGUUUCAAAUAUGUUGUGCGACUGUCAAACAUCCUCACAAUAGUGGAUAGAGCGAGUAGCAGUCAUGAAUUCACUGCCUUCAAAAAUGACAUUUUUAGCAUCUUUUAUGAGGCACUUUUAUUUUUAUAAUAUAAAUUUUACAAUAAAGUUGUAUGUUAUGCAUA